UGUACACCAGCGGUCAAUCGCACAUCAGAUAUCCACAUCAAAACAAUCAUCUUUAAGGAAAACACCAACACUCAGGAAGAAUCCAGCAAGUAGACAUCACGUCUGAUUUUGAAGACUCCACAGUGACUCCAAUGGAGGAUCAGGUGUUGAAAGAUCAAGGAGACGAGCCAAAAGAAGGAGCUCAAAGCAUGUCUCUCCUAUCGCCACAGCUUAAAGCCAUGAUCCGCAUCAAGAAGAAAUACCUGAAGAGGACAAACUCAGUCCGACUGGCGAACUCUGGCAUCUCCGACGUCGCUUCACAUCUUCAAAACAGGAAGCUCAGGCGCAGGAGGUCUCGCGUGCUUUUCCCAAACGACACACUGAUGUUCAAGCCAAAGAAGGAGCGCAGCCGAGCCAAACCUUUCCUCACGCUCUUCAGCAUCAUCGUCUUCAUACAGGUCUACAACGCCAUCGAGAAUCUGGACGACCAUGUAGUGAAGUACGAUCUGGAGGGUUUAGAGAGAUCCUUACACAGGGAAGUGUUUGGCCAACAGGAGGCGCUGGAGGAGCUAAUGGGCCAUCUGAAUGACUACCUGUCCACUUACGCCCACCAGCAGCCCCUUGCCCUGUCUCUACACGGACCAUGCGGCGUCGGCAAGAGCCAUCUGGGUCGCCUACUAGCCCGACACUUCCGCUCCAUAGUGGACGAUAAACUAGUAGUGCAUUAUAUCUCCAAACACCACUGCCCCCUACAGGAGGAAGCUCAACACUGCGCCUCCACACUCGCCAGGCGAAUAACAGAGGUAGUGACUCGAGCCGAGGAAGAGGAGCAGAUCCCCUUUAUCAUCCUGGAUGAGGUGGAAGCAAUGGCUCCUCCGCUGCUCGACACCUUGCAGAUGUUUCUUCAGUCAGAUCAGACCAACGAGUUUCUCAACGUGGUCUAUGUUUUCCUCAGCAGUUUGGGCCAAAGCGAGAUCACAGCUCACGUUCUUCAAAACUCCUCCACCGCCGGAGCCCAUAAAUCCCUCAGUCAGGCCCUGACUCUCCUCCAUCCUCUGUGGAUGGAGCCGGCGGUCGAGGUUAUAGCGCUGUCCUUACUGGAACGGGAGCAUAUCAUACAGUGCUUUCUGGAAGAGAUGACCCUCGAAGGAUUUUAUCCUGAUCCCGGUCAUGUGGAGAGUCUGGCGGAUGAGCUGGCCUAUCACAGAGUGGCUGGGAGACAGUACGCCAAAACUGGGUGCAAACAAGUGGUGGCCAAAGUCAACCUGCUUUGAGAGAGGAUUUUUUUAACAGCCAUUAUUUUCUUAAAGUACACCUGAAAUCAAAACUAACCGUAUUGAUUUUGUUAGCUCACAUUGCUAGUUUUGUGGUGAACAAUAUAUCUGUGCAUGUCGUUAAGGAAAAUUUUAAUGUUUGGCCUUGUAAUACUUAAUUGAAAUCUGAAAAUGCACUUCCUGUUUGUUUUCAGUUAAAUUGUCAGAUUAGGUCUGUCUGAGGUAUUGGUUAAGUAUCUUAACCAUGCCCCUCCAAAUCUCAGCUUUGACAACAAGCAGAAAUGGUGGGCAGGGGGUGUCUGUUAGACUGUCAUAACUCUCCUCAAACCAUUUUCCCCAUCUUUUUUUAAUGAAAUGCCUACUUUUCCACAUCCAAUCAGCUCACAGUCGAAAAAAAAACAAGCCACACCCACUGUUUUCUAAAUAAACAUUUUCUCUAACAUCCCCCCCCCCCAGUUUGUUUGCGCAAACAUCAUUCAUACAUUACUUGCUGCGUUUAAAGUGCAUAGAAUUAAUUAAACAUAAAUAUACAGCUUACCUGAUUCAGUGUGAUGCUGAACCUGUUUCUGUGAGGACAACAUGCUAAUCUGUGGUUGGAUUCCUGACACGACUAACCGUAAAUCAUCUUCCACUGCCAAUAAGUGUGAGCCAUAGCAUACUUGCUUUUGAUGUACGUACAUACAGAAAAUGCAAAAUAAACCGCAAAAGAUCGCAGAGCCCUGAUGGUGCUUGAGUCGAACAGUGAAUAUGUUUACAUGGGCAAUAAUACUUUAAUAGGAUUUUAAAAUGAUUAAAACAAUACUCUGAUUAAGAGUCACAAUGUAAACAGCGAUUUUUGAUCACCUUAAUCCGACUAAAGUCAUAACUGCACUAAAUAGAAAUGGAAUUAAGAUGUGGAGUAUGCAUAUAUUAGUGGCAUUAUUGAAGUAAACACCGCAAUCAAAUUAUUACAGUCAUGUAGGACUUUUUGCCGCAUUUUGUGACAAGAUCAUUGCUGUAAAUACCACAGACACACACAUCACGAAAUGCAGAAGUUUUAUUUUCUUUCCAUUCGGCGUCCAGUAUCAAAUUCCAUUAAAACAACACUCUUCCACCAGUCCGUACUUCAUAUUCGCGUCAAAUACCCGAGUUUGUCAUGGGGGCAUGAAUGAAAUGCUCAUGAGUGAAAGUGAAGCUGCCGAACUGCAGUUAAAGUCGAAAAAUUUAAGAUGAAACACCCAAAAUUACAUGAGACUCUGCAGGAAACGUGGAUAGCCUGGUGACGCAACAUUCAAAAAGCACUUGACGUAAACCUUACUUAUAUUAUUGUCUUAUUCAGAUUAAGGCAAAUAACUAUUACAAAUGUCCGUGUAAACGUUGUCAGUAUGUCUUCAAAGUAAGUGAAAGAUCCAGAAGGGCAUCCUGCUCAGACGCUCACCGGUUUUACUUUCAUUCACCGUCAUUCAUUUUAAAAUGCACCCAGUCCAUUUUAUUUGUAUAUCUUUUACUGGAACACAUUAACUCUACAAGUGCCUGACUGUUAGCUGUGAAACUAACGUUAAUCAUAUUCACUCUAGUGAACGCAUAUAAAUCGGCAUCAUAAUUUACUCGAGUGCACGCCUCAAUGUCACAGUUUGAAAACCCCUGCUCUUAAGUAAACUAAUGCAAUUUAUCAACAUUAUAUGUCACUAUGAGAAUGAAGUUGAAUUACACGAUUGAAUACACCUGCACACAGACCAGUUCAGUUAGCAUUUCUAUCACUUUAUGUAGUCUGUACAUUUUCAAAUGGUGUGCACUUGAAUAUUUAUUGCAUGACAUACUGCUAAUGUAAGUGCCUUAUUUAAUUCGUAAUUUCAUUGGUAAGUAAAAGUUAUUUAAGGAGCUAAUGAAAUUUCAAAAAGUGCACGGUGCAGGUGAAUGAAUGCAAUCAUUGAAUGAAUGCCUAUUGAGAAAGAAAUGCACUGGAGAAUCACUGCUAAUGAAAUAAAAUGACAACCAAUGAAAUAUUAACUCAAUAUGUUGUAUUCCAUAUACUUUAUGAUCAUAAUGCAUUUCUAUAUAUUCAGUGAUAAGCUGUAAUUUCCCUGUUUUA